GAAAGUCUCCUCUUCUGGUCUAAGACUUUUCCUGCGACUGUAGGAGACAAGCCCAGGGACACGGAGUUCCUCUCGAGCCAAACAGCCGCACGGCACCGAGCACCGGUCCCGGGGCGAAGCAGCCUCUGCGGCAGCAGGUUCCCGGCUGCCCCGAGCCCUGCCCCGCGGCAGCCGCCCCUUCCCCUCCUGGGGGCGGGCGGCAGCAGCGGCAGCGUUAGGACCCGGCGGCGGCUGCGGGGCGGGGGGGGAAGCGCAGCCCGGCGGUUGUUUACCGGGGAGGGGAGCGCCGGGGCAGGUCUCGCCGCGGCGCCGAGCGGAGCCGAGUUGCGCGGCCGGGCUGGCGGCGGCUCCUCGCCCUCCGCGCCGAGGAUGCUGCCCGGGGGCUCGCGGCGGGCGCUGCGCGCUGUGCUGCUGCUGCUGGGCUCGCUGCUGCUGGGGGCCGCCCGCGGCGCCGAGGAAUGCCUCCGCGGCAACGGCGCGUCCUACCGCGGCAGCCGGCAAGUGGCCACCGGCGGCGCCCCGUGCCUCAACUGGCUGACGGUGCGGAGCGGCCCCGGCGCCGCGCUCCCGGCAGCAGUCGAUGAGGACCACAACAGCUGCAGGAACCCGGACGGCGACGCCGCGCCCUGGUGCUACAUCCAAGGCGCUACCGGGAUCCCCGAGCGGCGAUCCUGCGACAUCGCCCAGUGCUCAGCAGAUGCUACAGCUACCACAGCCCCAGUCCCUACAGCAGAAGUUGGUACUUCCCAGGAGGAUGAGCAGGUGUUUGAACCAGCUGAUACCUUGCCCUCCCGGAGCGAGGCAGCUGCGGUGCAGCCCGUCAUUGGCAUCAGUCAGAGAGUACAGAUGAACUCCAGAGAAAAGAAGGACUUAGGGACACUAGGUUAUGUGCUGGGGCUGAUCAUGAUGGUGAUAAUCAUUGCCAUCGGGGCUGGCAUUGUCUUGGGAUACAUCUAUAAGAGGGGGAAAGACCUGAAGGAGAAGCAUGAGCAGAAGGUUUAUGAGCGUGAAAUGCAGCGCAUCACGCUGCCCCUGUCAGCAUUCAGCAACCCCACGUGUGAGCUCGUGGAUGAGAACACCAUUGUGGUGCACACCAACCAGACGCCCGUGGAGGACACGCGGGACGGCAGCGGCCCCCUCAUGGGGCAGGCGGGGACUCCUGGUGCCUGAGCAGCUCAGGCAGGAGCGCUACAGGCUGAGCAAAGCCUCCAGCUUCCCACUGUGAGUGCAGGGGUUGCGUGUGUUCAUUUCUAUUUUGUUUUCUUUUUGAUGAACGCCGGAUGAAGGUGAUGCAGAGGAGCAGAGCAAUGGGCUAUUCAUCAUCUGUUUGAGGGGCACCGUUCAGUGCAUGACCAGAUGGGGACUGGUGUGGUGGACCCUGCUGCUUCCUCCCACCUAUCUCCAUGGUGUGCCAAGGAGCUGGGGGGGAUGAUGGGCCAGGCUUACAACUGGCCACAGAUCCUGUAGCCUGGAGCGUGGUCGUGGCUUCCUCUUUCUAUGUUCUUUUCCUAUUUAAUGGUGUGCACUGUUCAUUAAGUUUCAGCCUGGAACCUCAGGAGAGAACAGUACUGCAGGGACUGAGGGGAGCUUCAUGUCAGAUUUAGCUAGAUAAUUACACUCUGAUUGUAGUUCCUGCCUUUUUGCUUUAGUGGCUGAGAGCUGGAAUCACUGUCUAGAAUCCUGCUACUGGAUCAGGCUUUUUUCCAAGGAAGAGCUUAUUUGAGGGAUGUCUUUGGCCAGAAGUAGAAUGUUUAGCCCCAGUGCUCUCCUCAAGCUCUUGACAAAUCCAGGUCUUCCAGGGCUGAGGCCACUUCUCCAUUCCCCUGUGGUGCUACACGCACAGCCGCAGUUGUAGGUGUCCAGGGGGGUCUGUCUGUGCCUCCUGCUCACUUACACAGAUCAGGAAAGCCAGGGUGAGUGGUAGGUAGUUGUGGAGUGAAGAAAAACUGCCCUUCAGUUACUUACAGCAGGUUAAACACUGAGGAUAGAUAACAUCCUCUUUUGAACUCCCCAGAAUUCCUACAGAGCCAGUGCUGGACAGAGUGGCCAAGCUGCGGAGGUCACCCUGAUCACAGUGCAGCAGUUGUGGCUCUAAGGGCAGAACAGGACAGCUGUUUUGUAAGAUACUGAGGUUCUGGUGUGGCUCCUGGCCCAGCCUGUCACACACUCAGCUUAUGCAGCAAGACUACUUACUUACAGAGCCUGGUCCUAUUAGAGAGGUUUUGUAACAACUUUUAUUAGCAUUUCAGGGGGUUUGGAAGGAAUGGUUGCUGCAGUGUCUGCCUAAUGGCACCAAGGCAAGGCCAGUUCAGGGAAACAUCUGUCCCCGCUUCAGGGGAUUCAAGCCAUUCAAGUAAGUUUUCUAGCCAUCUGCUUUAUAGCUGUGGGCCUAACAGGGAGCAGCACUUGGCAGCAGGGGUUUUAGUGUUAACGUUUGGUUCAGAAAAGGGAAAUAUUUUAUUUUUAAAUGCCUUUGAAUACCAUUUCUUUGUAAAAUGUUUUAAAUACCUCAUUAUGAGAAGGUGCAGACUGUGCUACCUUGUAUUAAAGCUUAAAAGAAGAAUGCUCUGUA